AUGCAUUCCUACGACCCGGCCAAGAUGAAUGUCUUCAGCGGCGCUAACAGUCUGAUUGACUAUUUCAAUCCGGACAAGAAUGCGCCGUUGCCGCUGGUCGAGUUACCACCCCAGCUCAACCCGUACUACGAAGACGGCGUGAGGAUUUAUGCCAAGAUGCUCACCGCUCUUCCUGCUACCAACGUCAAGAGCUUGCCCGCUCUCUCGCUGCUCGAAUCUGGCGGAGUCAUCUCGCUUGAUUCCACCCCGGAGCAGCGCGCCUCACAACGCAUCCACACCGUCACCGAGUCCUCGUCCGGCUCCACGGUGACUUCGAUGGCCAUGAUCGCUCGUCAACAUGGUGUCUCGAAAGUGCGUGCCUGGAUGUCGAACAAAGUUUCCCCUACCAAGUCGUCUCUGAUGCGUUUCUUUGGCCUCGAACUCGCCCUGUUCGGCGGACCGUCGCAGUCUCCUCCUCGAGAUCCCAUGGGCGGCAUCGCCAAGGCUGCCGCUCAAGGCUCUCAACCGGGCGUUUUCAAUCCGAACCAGUACGAAAACCCAGCCAAUCCGGCAGCGCACGAAAGAUGGACGGGCAAACAGCUGCUGCAACAGCUUCCGGACAUCAACGUGUUUGCGGGAGGCAUGGGCACUGGUGGCACCAUCACUGGUACCGCGACUCGAUUGAAGCAAGAUCGACCGGAUAUGCAUGUCAUCGGCGUCUGCGUUGCUCGGGGCCACAAGAUCCCCGGACCACGACCGCGCGAGUUGCUCGAACCGGUCGACUUUGCCUGGAAACCUCUGGUCGAUUCGGUGGAAGACGUGGCAAGCAGGGAAAGCUACACACUCAGUAUGCAACUCUGUCGCUACGGCAUCGUCUGUGGCCCCAGCAGCGGCUUCUCGCUCCAAGGUCUCUUCCAAGUUUUGGAACGACGCAAAAAACAGGGCACUCUGGCUCAACUUCGACAGCAGAACGACGGCAAACCGAUUCAAGCUGUCUUCCUCUGUUGCGAUCUUCCGUUCCAGUACGUCGACGAGUACUUUGACAAGUGUGACGCAUCGCAUUUCAUGCCGAUCGUCAACGAGCAUCUGUUCAAGGUGGACCAGUACUCGUACAGCACCAGCUGGAUCUUGGACAUUGCUAGUGCAAAGACAAUGCUCGUCUAUCCACGAUUUUCGAUUGAAGGUGCGGAAAAGACGGCGCUGCCGUCGCCGUCCGAAUUGUCGUCGGACCCGAGCGAGUCGGAUUCGGAAUCGGAAUCGUCGACGCCUGCUUCACCGGGUUUGUUGCGCCCGGCAAUCAUCGAUUUGCGCUCUCGCGCCGAUUUUGCAGCUGGCCACCUGGCGCAUGCCCGCAACAUCCCGCUUUCCAGCCUGAACGCUGACGAUGUGAGCCCGUACGAGGACGCGGUCCUUCUCGCAACCCAGUUUACCGAACUCAACAAGAGGUUUGUCGAACAGCCGCAGGUGGACCACGAGUGCCCCGGUAAUGGUGUGGCCGAAUUGAAUCAAUUGAGCCUGCCAGAAAUGCUGGCGUGUCUCAAGAAGUCACAGCGCGAAGCGUUGGUCGUGGACUACACCGGCGAAACGGGCAGACUGGCGGUAAGCGUGCUAAGGCAUGCCGGUGUUAAGGCCUACUCGGUCGUCAAGGGUUGGGAGGCGCUCAAGGACGCGCAAGAUGUGCAAAUUGUCAAGCCUAAGGCUUAA